AUGAAUAAUGUAUACAAACACGCUCUAAAACAAGAACAAGGUGUUCGCCAGGAUCUAGAAAAGUUUGAGAGAAGCGAGGAUGUCUCGGUUGGUAUACAAGGACAGAUCUCAGUGGGCUUGACAUCGUUGAAACGAACCAUCGAUGAAUACGACGGGUUGGCCAAGAGAGAAAUGAUACUUGUCAAGCAAGAAAAAGCUUUAGCAAAUGUGAGUAAACUAAGAGAAGACUAUAAUGAAUUAAAGAAUCAAUUUGACAGGCUGAAACAGCGAGAAACUAAUAAGACAGUCAUAAAUAAUAGAACUGAGCUGUUAGGACGAAGGCAUAAUUCAUCUACGCCAGAAUAUCCAUUUCAAAAUAAUCACCUGACGAGGGAACAGCAUGCUUAUCGAGAGAACGAUUUUCUCAACGAAACCGAAUCAAAACUUGACGAGUACAUAGCACACGGGAGAGAGGUGCUCGGAAAUAUGUAUGAUCAAAAUAAUACCUUAAAGAACGCGCAACGGAAAAUGCUUGAUGCUGCCAAUACUCUUGGUUUGUCUCGUAAUAUAAUUCAAUACAUCGAACGCCGGUCAGCUCAGGACAAAUGGAUUUUCAUAGGCGGCGUAGUUUUUACUCUGUUCUCGAUGUGGGCUAUCAUACAUUAUUUAACAUAA